AUGGCUACACAAGCAUCUGUCGAUCUCAUGCUGGCUUGUGUGCUCCAGAUGAGCAGCCCCAGCCGGCUCGGUAUCAGCGGCCACGGUCAUGACGAAUUUGAAACGCAAUGGGACAUCCUAAGUUCAGCCUUGCGGGAGAUCCAUACCAAGAAUGCCUCCGCGCUCAGCUUCGAACAGAUAUACCGCGCAUCUUAUAAGAUCGUCCUGAAGAAGCAAGGCGAUAAGCUGUAUGAUCGCGUUAAGGAAUUCGAGGAGCAGUGGUUUGCAGGUGAGGUUAUGCCAAAAAUUCGCGGGCUAAUCACAUCGAACCUGGUUAAUAUUACCCUGGGCGGAGUGUCUGGGAUUGCGGCGAACGAACGUCGGAUCACGGGAGAGGAGUUUCUGCAGGGCCUCAAAGCGGCAUGGGAGGACCAUAUCAUGACCAUGAACAUGACUACGGAUGUGUUGAUGUACAUGGACCGAGUCUAUUGCACAGACAACCGAAAGCCCUCCAUCUUCACCACUUCGAUGGGUCUGUUCCGCGAUAAUGUCCUAAGAUCUCGACUCAUUGAUACCGGUGAGGCAGACCUGGUCACCUUCAAUAUAUUAAACUCGGUUCUCCUGGAUCAGAUUGGCAUGGAGAGAGAUGGAGAUGUCAUCAGCCCGUCCAUGAUCCGCGCAUGUGUGUACAUGCUCGAGGGUCUCUAUGAAUCAAACGAUGAGACGGAAGGCGACAAGCUGUACGUCACUACCUUCGAAGUCGCAUUUCUAGAUCAUGCUCGCGCCUUCUACCAAAAGGAGUGUGCCACCCUUCUCCGAGAGUCCGAUACGAGCACUUGGUUGCGGCAAACCAAGAAGAGACUGGCCGAGGAGGAGGCUCGAUGUCAGACAACGAUCUCUAUGCUUACGGCUCCCAAGAUUGCCAAGGUCGUCGAGGCGGAGAUGAUCAGUGCCCACGUGACUGAGUUCCUUGCAAUGGAAGGUAGUGGUAUCAAGGCCAUGAUUGAAGAUAACCGCUACGAAGACUUGACACUUCUGUACACCCUCAUCUCGCGCGUAGAUCCCUCAAAAGCCCUUCUCAAGCUUGCCUUACAAUCACGCAUCGUCGAGCUGGGCUGUCAAAUCAACAAGAACAUCACGGAUUCCGAGAGUGCACCUUCGUUUGCCGCUCCAGUCGAAGAAGCCGAUCCUGCUGAGGGUGCGGAAAAGGCGAAGGCGCCGAAGCAGAGCGCUGCUUCGAGACAAACUGCUGCUGCUAUUAGAUGGGUUGAGGAAGUCUUGGUGUUGAAGGAGAAAUUUGAGUCUAUGCAUAAGAUAUGUUUAGCCGAGGAUCUCAUUCUGCAUUCCGCCAUCACCCAGAGUUUCUCCGAAUUCAUCAACAUGUUCCCGAGAUGUUCGGAAUAUGUUUCUCUGUUCAUCGACGACAACUUGAAGCGGGGGAUCAAGGGCAAGACAGAGACCGAGAUUGAGGUUGUCCUCGACAAAGCCACCACUCUCCUCCGCUACAUUCAAGAUAAGGAUAUGUUUGAGCUUUACUACAAGAAGCAUCUGGCUCGGAGAUUGCUACAUGGAAAGUCUGAGAGUGCGGACGUCGAGAAGCAGAUGAUUUCCCGCAUGAAGCUGGAGAUCGGUAACUCGUUUACGACGAAGUUGGAGGGCAUGUUCAAGGACAUGACAAUGUCAGAGGAACUGUGUGCUGGCUACCGAACUCACAUCCAGGGUCUUGGAGACAUCGACCGCAAACAGAUUGAUCUCGGCAUUAACGUUUUGACCUCCAACUACUGGCCCAUGGAAGGCUUGGGCGGGAAAAGCUCUCAGCGCGAGGAUGGAACAUACUCAAGUGUUACCUGGCCCUCAGAAAUCCAAACCCUCCAAGAAUCAUUCAAGAAAUACUACCUGAAGAAUCGGAACGGUAGAGCGCUGACAUGGUUGAGCUACCUCGGCAACGCAGACAUCAAGUGCGUCUUUCCAAAGAUCCCCGGCAAGGAUGCUGGACCUUUGGCCCGCGAGCGCAAACACGAGCUCAACGUUCCAACAUACGGCAUGAUCAUCCUCCUCCUUUUCAACGACCUGGCUGAUGGCCAAUCUCUUUCCUACGAAGACAUCCAGCAAACAACAAACAUCCCCGACCAUGACCUCGUCCGCAUGCUGCAUACCCUCGCAGUCAACCCUAAGGCCAAAGUCCUCACCAAAAACCCUGACAACAAGCACAUCCCCAAGCCUGGCGAUACUUUCACGUUCAACGCGAAGUUCACCAGCAAGACAAUCAAGAUCAAGGCGCCGGUCAUGCUGAAUGUGGUAAACAGGGCUGAGGACGAGGCGGAGAGAAAGGCGACGGAGGAGUCUAAUAAUGAGCAUCGGGGUAAUAUAAUUGAUACUGUGAUUGUGCGGAUCAUGAAGGCCCGCAAAACAAUCUCCCACCAAAUGCUGUUUGCGGAAGUCAUCUCGCAGCUAUCCCAGCGCUUCAAGCCCGACAUCGGCAUGAUGAAGCGCCGAGUGGAGUCUCUGAUCGAGCGGGAAUACAUGGAGCGCGUGGAGACUGCCGCAGUGCCAACUUACAAUUAUGUUGCAUAG